AAACCAUUUUUGGACAAGAAGUUAUCAUUGAAAUUAAAUGGUGAUAGACAUGUCCAAAGAAUAUUGUGGGGAUUUGAUCUCUUUAAGAAUCUUGGGAUAGAUGAAUGUGUGGAGACAGCAACUAGACAGAACAAUAUUGGAAUGGUGGUAAUACAAGGAAAUAGUAUUAUCAUGUUAGAAGCCUUGAAACGAGAAUGUCUGCAUUCACAAGAGAAAUCAACUGCUUCCACAUGUCCCCUCUCCAUAGCACCUGUUUUACCACAAAAUAAAAAUUGGAAUGGCGGCCUGCCCCGGAUUUUCUGGGUAGAGAGUUCUAGUUCAGCAGUGAAGGUUCUUGAAGAUGCUGGUACAGUUCAAAGCUGA